CAUUGUGAGUUUUGUUAGGCAUUAAAAAAAAAUAUGAAGUCGUCGAAAACUUUCGUUCUCUUACUAUUUCUUUCCUUUGCAGUCUUCUUUCUCUCCUCUUUCGCCUUAGAAGUUGAGACUUCCCAAGAUAAGCACGAGUCGGAUCAAGCAGAAGAAUUAAGGCGGCGUUGCCCCCACGGUUGCUGCAAAUGGAGGGGGCGGCAUUGCAUAAGGUGCUGUAGAAGUGCUGAAGAGGCUAGCUUCCCGUCUGAAAAUGCGGAUCAAGCAGAAGAAUUAAGGCGGCGUUGCCGCUACGGUUGCUGCCAAUGGAGGGGGCGGCAUUGCAUAAGGUGCUGUAGAAGUGCUGAAGAGGCUAGCUUCGCGUCUGAAAAUGACGAAAAUUAUCCAAACCCAGUGAAUGAGGAGAAUCGUGGUGGCUAUGGGGUCGGACAUGGCGGUCAUGGAGAUGGACAUGGAGGUGUACAUGGUGUCCAUGGAGGCAAAAAAUAAAUUGAUAUCAAUAUAAGAGAUCAGACUUAAGAGAAUAAAGAGGGAGUGCAUAAAUAAAUAAUCCCAGCAUGUAUUAGUAAAAAGUAAGGAAUAAAAGGCAUGCAUGGGUCUGGUCUGGUCCUACUGUGAGCACGUAAAAGGGUCUAGGGUUAUAUCCCCUAGAGUUUACCUUAACUGCUCCUUCAAGCUUUAUGUACUCGUAAAGUUUGAUUGAAUAAUACUGUUUAAUUAAUUAAUAAUUAUAUUAUCA